GCUCGUGCCCACCCUACUCAAGCGAUGCCACUAGCCUACCCGCGCUUCCCGAUCGUCUCCAACACCGGUGCCACAGCGCGCGACGCGCUCGCGAACGAGCGCACGUUCCUGGCCUGGCUGCGCACCGCGGUCACUGCGAUAAGCACCGGAGGUAAGCCUGCCUGCCCCCUCUCGGCGCCGCCAACACAAGCUAACCGUGCCCAGCCGUUCUCUCCGGGCUCGACACGUCGAGCCUCUCCACGAUUGCGUCUGCGUUGUUCAUCGCGCAAGGCGGGCUGAUCCUUCUCUACGCGGCGCCACGCUACUACCACACGCUGCAUCUGCUGCGCUCGUCGCGCUUCGCGCCGGACGUAUUCGGGCCCGCAUUUCUGUCACUGAUCACGCUCGCGACGGGCGGGGCUGCGCUGGCAUUUGUGCUGCGGUGAUGUUCGGUGCCGUGGCGAUGCAUGGGACUAUGCUGCGGGACUUGCAUGCGCGGGAGCGCACGUUGUUGGCGUAUGUCAGGACGGCGGGGUACCUCUUUUUGGCUGGGAUGGCCGUCAGUAAGCUGUUUGAGGGGCGUGUGGUGCAGACCGCGGCCGUGGUGUGUGUGCUGGCCGGGAUGGUGCUCACCGUCGUGGGGACCGUGAGCUUUGUGCGGUUUUGCGUUUGUAUUAGGUACGGCGUUUAUGUUGAAAUGAGCAUCCUGGGGGCGUGGUCGGUCACAGCGGUGGCCGUGGUCGUGGCGGGGGUUACAGCAGCGUUGCUUGUCGAGGGCAGGUGAGGGCGGAGGGGACAAGGCGGUAUUUCUACUGUUUAGACAGGUUUCGAGGAGGUGAGGACCGUUCGCCAAAGUGGACACGAUGGAGAAGAGGCAGAUUAGUAGCUGCUAUAUCAAGGAGCGCUUGAGCUUCUAGUUCGUCGUUGGUUUUGAAGGAUGCAGGCUUUGGGUUGAGUUGAGGCAUUUUUGGUGCAAGGAUGCGGCGUGAAGGGAUGUGACGUGGCGUGACUUGGUGUGCUAUGAAUUUUGGUUGCGGUUAUUGCUUUCCGCUCGCAGAAUUUGAAGCAGACUGCAAGUCGCGGCGUUAAAACCCACUUGCACCAGCGACUCUAUUCGCGCAAGUGAAGACGUCACGCCCAACAUUCCAUCUAAACGGGCGUGGCGGCCUCCACCCAGCGUGAUAUCAAAUCUUAUUCUCGAUUCACUACAGCGAGAGAGGACUCGCUGUUUCUUUUGCUGUACCACACUGUACUCUAUACACGUGUCCACCUGUUCCCCACUCUUGAUCUCAUCAUCGUUCACUAUGAUUCCCCAACCCUCUUCCCCCCCUCCCACUCCCCCCCACCCCCUUGCAUCAUUCCCGAUGCGCCUCCUCCGGCCCCCCGCCUUCUGCCUCACCCACCUUCCCCCUCGCCGCAUCCUCACGCCUACCAAGAUGUCCACCUCCCCCCGCAAACCCUUCGCGCCACCCGCGCGCCCUCUCCACUACGUCGUUGCCUCAAAGGCGUCUCAAAUCGACGCCAAGCUAAUGUCGCCGCCGUACUCCUUCACGCUCGACCAACUCAUGGAGCUCGCAGGCCAAUCCGUCUCGCACGCCAUCUUCCACACGCACCCGCCGCCCGCCCGCGUGACCCUCGUCUGCGGGCCGGGCAACAACGGCGGGGACGGCCUCGUCGCCGCGCGCCACCUGCACCACUUCGGCUACGCGGUCACGGUGCACUACCCCAAGCGAGCGGCGCGGCCGCCCUUCGAGGCGCUGGUGCAGCAGCUGGGCGUGUUGGAUGUGCCCGUGGACUCGGGGCUCCCGCUCGCCGCAGCGGACGUCGUCGUCGACGCCGUGUUCGGCUUCGGCUUCCGCGUCGCCGGAGGCGUGCGCGAGCCGUUUGGCCGGUUUCUGGCCGCGAUGAACGAGGCGGAGGGCGUGCUGCUCGCCGUCGACGUGCCCAGCGGGUGGGAGGUGGAUGGCGGCGGCAAGGCAGAAGGUGCAGUGCGCACACCGGAUGUGCUGGUGUCGCUCACAGCGCCGAAGCUGUGCGCCAGGGGGCUGCACGGCGUGCAGCACUGGGUUGGCGGCAGGUUUGUGCCGAGACGGCUGUGUGAGGAAUUGGCGUUUGAGGUGCCGGAGUAUCCGGGGAUUGAGGGCGUUGUGAGGGUGCAGUGA